AUGGACCGCGGGUCCCUGCACCGCUGCAUCCACGCGGGCGUGUUCCAUCCCACCUGCCCUUCUCUGUCCCGGCGUCACCGCAUUCGCGGCAUCGUGCGCACCUUAUUGGAGGUAGCUCAGGGCAUGGCGCAUCUGCACUCCUCAGAGCUUGUGCAUGGAGACCUCAAACCAGCCAACGUAUUGCUCAAGGUGAACAGCCGCGACGCUCGCGGAUUUAUCGCCAAGGUGUCAGAUUUUGGCGUCACUAGAGCUGUGGACGGCAGCUCCGCGACCGUCAUACCUUCUUCGGAGUGGGGCACCGUCAUCUACACCGCACCCGAGGUGUUCAACGGCAAGGCCGGGCCCCCCUCUGACGUCUUCAGCUUCGGCGCGCUCGCUUGGCACCUUACCACCGGUCAGCUCCCCCACGAGGAUGUCAACCCCUUCGCCGUCAUGCUGGCGGUCUCCCGAGGCGAGCUGGAGCUGGAUUGGCCGGCAUCAGUGCCAAAACCGCUGCGCAAGCUGGGCAAGAUGUGCAUGCAACAUGAUCCCGCAGCGCGCCCCAAGUUCCCGGAGAUUGUUCGUGCGCUGCUGCGCUAUGAAGACCGGAUGCGCCAGUGCUCAGCCGCCGCCGCCGGCGUCGCAGCCGCGGUAGCCUCCGCUGCCGCCGCCGCAGCUGCGGCAGGGUCAUCAUCGACGGGGCAGCCAGGUUCCAGCUCAGCAGCGAGCUCGCAGCCCGCCACGCCGCGCGCUGGCGGCCGCGGCGGCUCCGCCGCCGCCGCCGCGGCGUUCCAACUGAAUCGGACAACUGGCGAGCCGAUGUCGAUAUCGGGCGGUACGGGAGGGCGAAAGUGGCGGUAA